AUGUGUGGCUGUACCCUCUAUGACUCGCCGACAUGUGGUCACUCCUGGCUUUCUAUGAGUCGGCCCUGUGGUUUUCUCUCUGACUUCCUCAACUGUCCCUAUCGCCAAACUUACCAGACUCUGAUUGCACCACCGUACACAUGUCCAACGUGCAAUGGCGGUUUUGCAGACCAAGAAACGAUCGAAAUGAUCCAGGGCCCUUGGGGUUGUGAUCAGUUACUUCGAAACCAUGUCGGAGGCAAUCAUGCAAUUCCGGGUCAAUGGGGUAAUGUUCAAUUGGCUUUAAGUGGACCAGGAAGCGCUGCGAUUAGUUGCGCUGCAACAGCUGGCAGUGCGACUCAUCCAAACAACAUGAGACAAGGCUUCACACGCGAUCAUAGGCUUACAGGGCCAUAUGGACCGUCGAUCAUUCCGAACAGACCGAGACACUACGACCAUGGGUAUUAUGUGGACGGCAGGCGCAAGAGGAGCAGGCACAAAAGUCAUUACAAGUACAAGUACACUAACAAGCCUGCAACAAAUUGUACAGUCAUGUGA